AUGGGAUCCAAUCGACUGCCAGACAAUCGAGAAAUAGCACUCCACAGGCUCAAAUACCUGAAGGAUCGAUUGAAGAGGAACGCGCAGUUGAAGGAAGCCUACUGUAACGCCAUGAAACGCAAUCUAGAGUUGGGAUAUGUUGAACGCGCAAUGGGAGCAAUCGAGAAGGAGCAACCAUUGUGGUACCUUCCGCCCCACCCUGUCAUAAACCCCAAGAAACCUCGGAAGAUCCGGGUUGUCUUCGAUUGUGCUGCCAAGUGUGCCGGGAUUGCCCUAAAUGGCCGUCUAUUACAAGGCCCAGACCUGACUAUUCCACUGAUUGAGGUGCUGUGCAGACUCCGGCUGGGGUUAGUUCCAGUAGCGGCUGAUAUGGAGGAGAUUUUCAUGCAGGUCAAAGUCCCCGACGGGCAAAGGGACACUCUGCGGUUGUGGUGGUGGCCGGAUGGAGACCUAGACGGACCUGCCCAAGAGUAUCGGAUGACGGUGCACCCGUUUGGCGCGAUAUCUUUUCCUUUCUGUAUAAACUUUGCGUUAAAAACGAUCGUGAACAAAUUUGCUCAGCAUNAUCUAUCAAAGUUACUGCUCAUGGGAGGGUUCAAGUUGACCAAGUGGAUGUCCAACAGUCGUCAUGCAAUCGAUUGUAUCCCAGUUGACGAGCUGGCGCCGAGUCUCCGUGAAAUGCAUAGGAGUCCGUUACCGACAGAUAGCACUUGGUGUGCAAUGGGACUCGGAGAAGGACGAGUUCUUUUUCCAACUCCAGUCACCUGA